UUAUAUCGGUAUUCUAUAAUCAGAAUACGCGGAGCUUUCCUUAUUUACAAAGAUCCCUUCCAACGCUUGAAACCCUAGCUAGGUUUCCCUCUCCGUUUCAAACCACUUCUGACCUAGGGUUUUUCCAUUAAAACCCUCUACACACACACACAAACACAUAUUCGGAAGAUUUGUUUGCUUGUUUCGGGGAAUUGAACGAGCUUCGGAGCCAUGUACGGAUCGAGAGGGGCAAUGUUGGGAAGCGGGGGGGUAUCGGACGGGUACGAGGUUGGCUCGAAGAGACAAAGAAUGAUGGAAUCAAAUCCCUACUUCGCAGUGAGCAGCAGUUCAAGUGGCUUCCAGCCUUAUGGCUAUGUUGGUGGAUUUCAGCCCUCCACAUUUCCGGUGGUUCAUCUCAGGGGUCUGCCCUUCGACUGCACCGAUAUUGACAUUUUGAAGUUCUUUGCUGGGCUGGACAUAGUGGACGUGCUGUUGGUGAACAAGAAAGGGCGGUUCUCAGGAGAGGCUUUUGUGGUUUUUGCUUCAUCCAUGCGGGCUGAGUUUGCUCUACAGAGGGAUCGGCAGAAUAUGGGAAGGAGAUAUGUGGAGGUUUUCAGGUGCAAGAAGCAGGAUUAUUACCGUGCUGUUGCUGCUGAGGUGAAUUACGAUAAUGACUUCUAUGGAAGCCCUCGUCCUUCUCAAUCUACUACGACAAGGUCACACGACAAGGACCAAAUGGAGUACACUGAGAUUUUGAAGUUGCGUGGUCUCCCCUUUUCUGUAACGAAAUCUGAUAUUGUGGAAUUCUUUGGAGAGUUCAAGCUGGCAGAUAAGAAGAUACACAUUGCGUGCCGUCCGGAUGGAAAAGUUACCGGAGAAGCUUAUGUAGAAUUUGACUCAGCUGAGGAGGCUAAGAAAGCAAUGUGCAAGGACAAGAUGACAAUUGGGCCGCGAUAUGUGGAGCUGUUUCCUUCAACACCAGAUGAAGCUAGACGGGCUGAGUCAAGAUCACGGCAGUGAUGAAGGGCAUUGUUUUGUGAUGUUCAUGCCCAGUUUGUGGUUAAUCGCACCAGCAGCAGUGGUGCCUGUUCUUUCUCUCAGAUCUUUUCGGGAAUUUUCUAUUGUGGUACUAAAUUUUCUGUUAGGGUUGUCUGCGUCCAACUUUGAUGGUGAGAUUUAUAAUCUGUUGUUCCUUGGAUAUGAAUUUUAGUUAUGUUUCUCUGGAUUUUUAGUACUGUUAAACUUGCACUUGGUAGUAUUUACAGGUUCAAGGCUGACUCAUCUAAGUUUCUUGUUAUUGGAUAUCUAGCAAUCUUUAUGUCA